GCAACGGUGCAACCGCCACGGCGCGCGCUGCAGCCGCUCUUCUCAACCGCCGGGGAGGAGCCAAAAGAAGCGCGUGCAGCUCUAAUGUCAUCAUCACAGUCUGUUUAGUCUGUUGGAAUGCACGAGCACGCGCGCGCACACACACACACACACACACACACACACACACACAUACAGAUGCUUUUCCAAUAAGAGACGACUCCAUCCAAUCUAAAUUAGCAGAGGAGAUCAUGAUGGAUGCAACGGAACCUGCUGAACAUUACCUGGAUUACGCCAUUGAGAGGAACAGACAGCUCCACAUCUGCGUGCAGAAGAAGCAGGAGGAGAUCUCAGCCCUGAAGGAGAAGAACGCGCAGCUGAAGGAGUUGGUCAAACAGGCCGAGACCUAUGCUGCUGUACUGGACGUAUUUACAUCACAGCCUGAAGAUACCUCUGAUUGUUUGUCUGAUUUCACACCACACUCACACUCUUUCCCGUGCGCUGAGUCUCCUGAAUGGCAUUUCGAUACGGAUCUACAACCAACAUGGCUCGAGUCUCUUCUCGAUCACACACCGCCAGAGGAGGAAGAGGAGUGGUCACACACAAUCCUGUCAGAACACACCAACACAGGCAUGAAGAGACAAUUAUGGCCGAGCAGCACUGACAGUCCCGCAGAGAGUCCAGACAAAAAAUCCAGAUUGGACCAAGAAGUUUAUGAACAAUCACAGCAUCAUUCAUUUGGACAUCCAGCUUCAGAGCCGGUGCAGGUUUUCGGGUCCUUUCACGGCUUACACGUUUUAAAGGCCACGCCGUCUGCAAAGUCUGACCCCUGGAGAGAGGGGAAGUGUGCCUUUUUUAAGAUAUCCAUCAGAGAUCACUGUACUGUCCAGACCCGGGUUUUCCCUCAUGGCAAAACGUUUACGUCGCAUGCGCCGGACGGAGGCUGUAGGUUCCUCUGGAUUCCUGAACAGAACUGAAAUACUUUACAUAACUGUAUAUACCUGACAUCUGACUUUCCCAGCCAUUUGUGGUUCUUGCCCAAACUUAGCACAAAGUUGGAGCAACACAAUUGUUCAGGAUGUCGUUGGAUAAGGUAGCGUUUAAUUUCCUUUCACUUGAACAAGGAGACACAAAAUCUGUUCCCAAAGCAGCUCUGUGAACAGAUUUAUAUGGGUUGGAGUGGAAGAUCUCCUGCUAUAAAUCUAUAAACGUUACCGAACACCUUUGCGAAAAAUGUGGACACUGACUGAACCCCAGGCCUCCUCACACCCACCUACAUCAGUACCUGACUUUACUAACACCCUUAUGGCUUAAUGAAUCUUCACAAACCUCCACAAACACACUCUAAAUAGUUAAAACAGCAGUUAUGGUACCAAACACAACUACACAUUUAUUUUCUCUACUUUUGAAAUUGAUGCUAUGAAAUGUUAUUGAUUUAGAACUUGAUAUUUCAAUAAAUUAGACAUUUUUGAGUAUUUCAUUACCAUGUUUUGGGGUGGAGUUUGAUAAUCCCCCCCUCUAAAGUGGGCAA